AUGGCUAAUGGCAAUAGCGUCGAUCGCGCUCUUGAGGCCGUAAGCAUAUGUCCGCGACAACAGUAUCGGCGGCCAGUCAAGGAUCUGAGUUACGAGGUCGCAAGCCACGUCCAGGCAUACUUAGACCACCAGCGUUACGAGCAAGCCUACAUAUUCCUGCACUCGCUCCUCGCUGCCGGUACCUCGAUAACAACACCUGCAAAACCCUACGUCGGCUUGCUGGCACCAGCUGCGCAGAUAGCUCUCGCUUCCACCUUGAUCGUUUACCCCCACGUCACCACUAGAGCGACCUCCGACGAUGCUAUCAAGGGCUCCGACGCUGCGUUAAAAUACCUGCGCUGCGUGCAAAACACGGUCGACAGGUCGGUGGAGAGUCUCAGGGCCUUUCGAACAGCCUUUACCUUCACCGGUUCGCGACGACGAGGCCCCGCACUGCACAGCCCGCUCGACUCUCCUGCAUCUACCCGCGGCUACGAUAUCGAGCAGCUCAACGAUGUUGCAGCCAAUGCGCAGAGCCUUUGGCAUUGCGCUGAGGAUUUCUGGCAUAUUGUAGGCUGGGCCUUCAAUUGCUCGGUCAAACACGAGAAGCGUUGGAGGCGUUGGAGGCUUUGGCUGGAUAUCAUGCUGAGCUUUAUCGAGGCUGAGUGGGAUGACUGUACGAACAAUGGCGACCCACUACAGGAUACUCUCAUAUGGCAGUACAUCUGCAGCCAGGAGCCUCUUGCCGGAAACACGAGGAAGCGCAUCUUCAGGGCAAUCCAUGCUACUGGCGACCCACAAUCAUUAAAGGAGUUUGGCCAGGUGUGGGACAAAGAACUGCAGGCUCCCAAGAAAGAAGAUACGAAGAAGCAUACAAGCCUGGUUGACUUCGAAAAGGGCGACAUAGGUGACUACGCAAGCGAGGAUGAAGAUGUCGAUAUGCAGGAUGCGCCUCGGUCAGCUAUCAGAGGACGCAGAUCGAGAAAUGCGUGCAAAGAGUCAGACACAUCCUUACCUCUGUUGGAAGACGCCUUCAUACCUGACUACGACGCUGCUGUGCAAAGGCUUGGGGGCAUCGAUGCUGUGGAGCUCCGUCAACGUCUUGUAUCUUUGCUUUCCAAGGUCGCUAGAGGACUUCCCGAUCACUUUACCUCCGUUGAAGGCCUCUUUGACACACUUGCCGUGCAACUGAGAUAUUUUCCAGUCUCUGUGUUACAUCUGCUGAUUACGACCUCGCGACUGUCUCCUGCUGAUCAAGUAGCGCUAAACGUCACCGUCCUCACAGCUUUAACUGCCGAGAAAUACAUCAACUAUACUACCGUAGCGCCUACGCAGGGAGAGCUUGAACGGCUCCUGCUGCCGCAUCGCGCACGGACACAGGGUUUUGCCGACAAUGCCAAAGUAUCGCUUCUUCUGGAGCAGGUGUUUAUGUACAUGCUGGAACCAGUACAACUCCAACCCACCGAGGCAUUGCGGGCAGCGGUCGAGUCUGGCAUCAAGGAGCGGAAUAGCGUCAAAGGCAUGAAAGAGAACCCUAAUGAGGAAGAGGUGGGCAGGGCAUUGUUGGUGACGAGCUCAGAGCGCCUCCGCGGCCUAUUGGAGCUGCUCGAGUUGAUGACUGGAGAGAUGCCAGUGAGGGAAAGCCCGCGGAAAGCGAAGACCUUCUCCUUCGGUCCGGCUCUAUCCCGCCCUGAAGUACCUUUUCUCUUGGAUCCCAGACUUCAAGAACUUGGCUCCCAUGAUGCAGAUCGCGGUCUGGAUCUUCCAGACUUGAAGGAAUGGCUGCAAGAGACGGAGAAAGAGGGCGAGGACAAGGUCAGGUUUGAUUGGGAGAAGAUUGAUACAGGUGCGGUGGAGGAGGGGUGGAAUAGUAAGAUCGUGCUCGUCUCCCACGGCGCCAUUUCUCACUUCCUCACCGAGGACUGGGAAAUCGAAGACCCGAUGCUCGGGACUAACUGGAGUAACUGCGAAGUGCGUGAGUACGUCUUCAGCGAGGAGUCAAAGCUUGGGGACGCGCAUCUUGUCGAGACGGAGGAGUCGAGGGCGAGGCGACCGCCGUAUGCGGGGGUUAGGUGGGCGAGGGCGGAUGAGUGGAAGGGGGUUAAGAGUGGGGAUAAGGAUGAGCAUGUUGUUGAGGAGGUGAGGGAGGUGGAGGAGCAGGCGCAGUAA